AAAGCUUUUCAAGCAAUAAUAAGAAGAAUAUUUACAUAUAUUUUUUACAAUGAAGGGGGAAGAGGGGAAAAGAUAUGCACUUCUACUAGCGGCGAACGACUCGGAUUACGUGAAGAAAGUUUACGGUGGGUACUUGAAUGUGUUCGUGGAGGCGUUUGGCGAGCAAGGCGAAAAGUGGGAUCUUUUUCGAGUAGUGGAAGGCCAAUUUCCGAAUCUCGACGAACUUCACAAUUACGAGGGUUUCGUGAUUAGCGGUAGCCCUAAUGAUGCUUACGGUAACGACGAUUGGAUUCUUGAUCUUUGCUUUCUCCUCCAAUCUUUGUUCGCCAUGCAAAAGAAAGUCCUCGGUAUUUGCUUCGGUCACCAGGUAUAUCCAUAUCAUACUCGAUGUAUUUCAUCAGAUAUAAUAUAUAUUUAUUCGUCGGCUUUGGGGGGUAAAGUGGGAAAAUCAAGUAGUGGAUGGGAUAUUGGAGUUAGGGAAGUGAGCCUAACAAAUGAGUUCUACUCAUCAAUUGAUGAAUUAAUUAUUCCUCCAAAUCUUUCAAUUAUUGAGUGCCAUCAAGAUGAGGUGUGGGAGGUUCCUAUUGGAGCAAAAGUAAUUGGUUAUUCUGAAAAAACAAAUGUUGAAAUGUUCACAUUUGGUGACAAUAUAUUGGGAAUACAAGGCCAUCCUGAAUACACUAAUGAUAUUCUAAAUAACCUCAUUGAUCGUCUUAUUUCCAAUAAUGCCAUUGAGGUACCACAUUAUUUAUUUAUUAGAGGAUUUGGUGAAGAGGCUAAGCUGCAGUUAAUGGAAAGAGAAGCUGAUAGAAAAUUCUGGGCAGAGAUUUGCAAAAGCUUUCUCAAAGGGAGAUGGACUCAAUUACCAACUUACUUUUGA